GUUGCCGGGUAGCUCCAAGAUGGACGCCCAGAGGGCCCAGAGGACCCGGGAGGAACUGCGGCAGCGGCGUAGCCUGCUGCGCUUGAACCCCGCGGUCCCGCUGAGCGGCGAGGGCGACGCCAAGCCGGGAUUUGUCACUGUGCCCGAGAGAAAGGAGAAGCCUCUCCCGAGAUUCAACAUCCACUGUGGAUUCUGGAUCCUGGCUUCCAUUGGGGUCACCUACUAUGCUGAUUUCUUCAAGACCCUCAAAGAGAACUUAUACACCAAUAGUUGGUUUCUGUCUGGUGGUGCCUUGCUGCUGGUCAGUUUUUCGAUUGCGUUUUACUGCAUAGUUUAUCUGGAGUGGUACCGUGGCAUUGGAGAAUAUGACAUGAAGUACCCAGCGCUGGUUCCUGCUACAACUGCCUCUUUCAUCGCAGCAGGAAUCUGCUUCAACGUUGCUUUGUGGCCUGUGUGGUCGUUUUUAACACCACUGUUGUUAUUUACCCAGUUCAUGGGGGUUAUAAUGUUUAUCUCCCUCCUCGGAUGAUUUCGAAAGCUGUGAGGACGGGCCAACUCCAGUGGGCAAGGCUGCACACAACAUGCUGAAAGCAGGCCUUGCAGACAAGGAGGGGAAAGCCACAGGGACUUCUGCAUCUGCGGAGAGGUUUUCUUGGAAGAACUGUGACUUUGUAAAUGCAGUGUUGAAAUAGAAUAAAUGGUGUUUUAUUUGAAUAUUCUUAAAUUCAAGUGAUUUAUUGAAUGUCUCAGAAAUCAUUGUUAGAUACAGAGAUGUUGGAUGGUGUUAUUGGAUGGUGUUCACCUGUUAGCAUGUUCAGGAGCCUCUCCCCAGGCAUUUGAUGCACUCCCAGCAUCUCAGUAAUUGUUCCCUCUUCACUUACAGGAUGGCAGUUCAUCUUUUGAAGGGACCAGAUGUGUGCAUAUAUGAAGGAUUUAUGUCACCAUGUGCCUUUAACUUUCACUUUACUGAUUACUGUAUGUCUUGUUUUUAUAAAGCUGUCCAUAGGUGAGGGGAUCAAAAUAAAAGUAUGAGGAAUCUUCGAAGAGUUA